AGCAGUGAUGGCAUUUGUUUUGUGUAUUAAUUCAAUGGUAUGUGUCAAAUUUCGAAAUGACAAUGAAUUAUCAACAUGAGAUAUCUUAAUCACAAGGAGUAUUUUGCUUUGUGUCCACGUUGAUUGUAUUUGCACUGAAAAUAAUAUUUUCAUAUCCGUCAUCAAAGUGAUUUAAAUACAAAGGCAGUGAUUUUAAUAUUACACUGUAAUAUGAGAGGUUUUAAGAAGCUUGAACUGUGGAGCUAUACCCCAACUCAAAAGUCCUUUUUGACAUUUACAGUUGCAGUGAUGGUAGUGUGUUUCUGCUAUUUUGAGAUGUAUUCGAGUGCCAUUACUUUGUUUGUGAAAGCUAAACUAAGUUUACUGAAGCCCAACUCUCAGUUUAACAAAGAAAAUCAAAAAACAAUUCUUUUUUGGAACAGUUUUUACUCUUUAAAACAUUUUAUGUUUGGUGUUGGCCACAAUCCAUUUAUUAAAGCAAACCGCCCAAUUUCAAACUGCAUUAUCGUCGAUCGUGCAGACGGGGAUCUUCCUAUUCCUGUUGAAGAUUUUGAUGUUAUUGUAUUCCACAUAAAUGGGGUAUCAACCUUGGAGCUUCCGAAACAAAGAAAAAUUAACCAGUGGUAUAUUUACUUUAAUUUAGAGUCCCCAAUAAAUACAAAAGUUAUUCACAAAACAGAUUCAUAUGAUGAUAAUUAUUUUAACUGGACAAUGACUUAUAGGAGAAGUUCGGAUCUUUAUUACCCAUAUGGCUGGGUCGCACCUAUUUCAAAUGCAAGGAAGGUGUUGGUGUUGCCCAGCAGCAACCCGCCUCAAUGGAUUGCUCCAAAUUACAGUUUAAGCAGUGCUGAUCCUAGCUUGAAUGUACUUUUGGGAAGAAAGACUAAGUUAGUUGCGUGGUUUGUAUCCAACUGUGACUCGAAUAGUAAAAGAUUCCGUUAUGUUGAAGCACUAUCGAAGUUCGUGCCUGUUGAUAUCUAUGGUAAGUGUGGAAAACUCAAAUGUCCAAAAGGAAGCAGAAGUUGUGAUAAAAUGCUUGAAACAACAUACAAAUUUUAUUUAUCGUUUGAAAAUUCUUUAUGUUUGGACUAUGUUACAGAGAAAUUUUUUAGGGCAUUGAAAUAUUAUGUUAUACCCAUAGCUUAUGGUGGCUGCAAUUAUAGCUUGAUAGCACCUCCAAACUCAUAUAUUGAUGUGUCUGCUUUUCCAUCUCCAAAAGAACUUGCUGCUUACAUAAUUUAUUUGGAUAAAAACUCAUAUGAAUACAACAAGUAUUUUUGGUGGAAAUAUUUCUAUACUGUAAUGGACGAUUAUAAAUACGUUUGGUGUCAACUCUGCCAAAUGGUUAAUAACUCUAGUUUGCCUUCCAAGACUUAUAAUGAUAUAAGCUCCUGGUGGUCUGAAAAUAUGUGUUAUAUAGACCACAAGAAAAAUACUUUUUUGUAAGCUAACGUACAAAUUUUUGUAACAUGUCUUAUAUUGUGUUAGUUGUUUUCAUCAUGUUGUACAUAGUAAAAUUAUUAUUCUAUGAAACAAA